UGGUGGCCUCGAGCGCGCGCGACUCGCGUGGAUUGCUGCGGUGUGGUGGCGGUGCAGCGGCGUUCGUCUCCUCACCUCUCGUCCACUCGUCGUCGCCGGCGAGGCCAGCCAUGGCGUCGCCCGCGCCCGCGCCUCUCUCCGGCGCCCGUCCCCUCCACCUGCGCCCUCCGGCGCCGCGCUGCCUGUGCGGCGGCCAGCCGCCGUCGCCGGUCGUGUCGCGCUUGCGCCGGCUUGGGGUGUUCGACCGGCGCCGCGCCGCGACCCGCUGCUCGCCGCGCGCGGAGGCCGGGGACGUGGAGGCGCAGGCGCUCAGGGCGGGGGUCUCCGUGUACAAGCCGCGCUCCUACGAGGUGCUCGUCUCCGACGCCGCCCGCUCCCUCGCCUGCGCCAUCGACGAGGGCAAGACCCGCCUCGAGGUCGAGUUCCCGCCUCUGCCCAGCAACAUCUCAUCUUACAAGGGCUCAUCGGACGAGUUCAUUGACGCCAACAUCCAGCUUGCACUUGCUGUUGCUAGAAAACUCAAGGAGCUCAAGGGGACUAGGUCUUGUAUAGUGUUUCCUGACCAACCAGAAAAGCGCAGGGCAUCACAGCUGUUCGGGACAGCUAUAGACUCGAUUGAGAGUGUUACUGUUGGUUCCCUGGAUGAUGUGCCUUCUGGACCUGUUAAUAAUUUCUUCAAAUCCAUAAGAGAUACCCUGGAUUUUGACUUUGCUGAAGAUAACGAAGAUCGAUGGAAAUCUGAUGAACCACCAUCGCUAUAUAUCUUCAUCAACUGCAGCACACGUGACCUUUCAUCUAUAGAGAAGUAUGUGGAUCAGUUUGCCUCAUCUGUCCCAGCCCUUCUCUUUAAUCUUGAACUAGAUACCUUGCGUUCUGAUUUGGGGCUUCUUGGAUUCCCACCAAAAGAUUUGCAUUACAGAUUUCUUUCCCAGUUUACCCCAGUAUUUUAUAUCAGGCAACGUGACUACUCUAAGACAAUUGCAGUCACUCCAUAUAUCGUGAACUACAGUGGUGCGGUAUUCCGCCAAUACCCAGGGCCAUGGCAAGUCAUGCUUAAACAGGCCGACGGUUCUUAUGCAUGUGUUGCAGAGAGUGCAGCACGGUUCACUUUGGGACAGGCUAAGGAAGAACUCUUGAGAGUUCUUGGUUUGCAAGAAGAAGAAGGAAGCUCACUUGAAUUCCUCAGAAGAGGAUACAAGAAUGCUACUUGGUGGGAAGAGAAUGUGGAUCAGGAGAAAUCGUCAGCAUGGCGAACUUGAGGCCCUGCUGCUGGAGUGCUGGCUGAUCGAGUCAUUGGGUGCCGAUCAGAUUUGAGAGUUCAAACAGGCACAGAAACAAAUGGUUCUCUGAAAUCGCAGAAAGGCAGAGCCAAGGCGCCAAGGAUGCAAUUGUACAUUUGUGCUUGUGUAUGUUACGCUAUGUGAGUAAUAGGCACCGAGGGUUUUGAGAAGAAUUUUGGUUUUCUUCCUUUUUCCUGUAAGUAAUAUAUGUUGUACUCUGGCUCAUUGAAGCAUGAAGCAACUCCACUCCUUUUUUUUCUUUGAUGAGAGGAAGAUAUAUAACUUCCAAUUACCAGUGCCUCAUUGCUUCAUGUGCACACAACUUUCCAU